UCUAUAACUUUUUACGUGGACUACCACUGACACAAGUGUAGUCCGUAAAAAAUUUAUUAAACUGUUUAUUAAAUUGUCUAAAAAUAUAAUCAUACAUUUAUUAGUGUUCAAUAAUAAUAGUAAAAAUAAUUUACAAAUUUACAAAAAAUGGGAAGAAAAAAGAAGAAGCAAUCAAGACCAUGGUGCUGGUAUUGUAAUAGAGAAUUCGAUGAUGAAAAAAUUUUAAUUCAACAUCAAAAGGCUAAACAUUUUAAAUGUCAUAUUUGUCAUAAGAAACUAUAUACAGGGCCAGGCCUCAGUAUACAUUGCAUGCAGGUGCAUAAAGAAGCUAUAGAUAAAGUACCUAAUUCAUUGCCAAAUCGUAGUAACAUUGAAAUAGAAAUAUAUGGAAUGGAAGGAAUACCUCCAAAUGACGUAAAAGAACACGAAAAACAAAGGAAUGGAGGUAGACCAGGAUCUCCGAGUUCUGGAGAAGAUGAACCAGCACAAAAAAAAUCUAAACCUGAAGGCUUGCUAGGAUCCGCGCCUGGAGCAAUGUCAACAGGUUCAAUGGUGCCUGGAGUAAUUCCAGGAAUGCCAAUGGGUCAAUAUCCUCCACCAAUGCAUCCUAUGAUGGGUCCAAUAGGACCUGUAGGGCCUCCAUUUAUUCAAGGAAUGAUACCUGGAAUGCCGGGUAUGCCUCCAGGCAUGCAACCACCAGUCUCUGGUGCAUCAAUGCCUACAAGACCUUUAUUCCCUGCAAUGGUUUCCACAGCAUCGACGUCUGUGUCGAAUUCUACGCCUCUAGGAACUGAUUUUAAACCUGUUACAUCGAUAGCUGGUGGAUCAAUAGGCCCUAUUAAACCUACGUUCCCAGCAUAUAGUACUGAUUCUACUUUAACGACAAAUAGCACAUCUGGUGGUGACCAAAAAGUUAGUUUGAUUGCUACCACUGGUGCAGCGAGUAAAAUUAUUCAUCCGCCUGAAGAUCUUAGCCUUGAGGAAAUCCGGGCAAGAUUACCAAAGUAUCAACGUCGUCAAAAUGACGAAUCAAAUCGUUCUGCGAGUGCAGAAGCAGCUAAUCAACAAGCUGCUGCUUUACAACAGCAGCAACAACAACAACAAGCAGCAGCACAGCAACAACAACAAGCGGCAGCAGUCGUGAGCGCAGCGGCAGCGUUUCAGGAUCAACAACAAAGACAACAAGCUGCAUUAUCAGCUCUUCAACAACAACAGCAACGGUUUCAAAGACCACCACAAACGAUGAUGGUUCCUGCAACCGCUGCUAUACCUGUUUCAUCCGUUGCGCUCAUGGCACCAUUAAUGCGCCCAACGAUGACUCUUGCUGCUCCUGCGCUCAUUCACGGAGGUAACAUGAUGCGACCGCCCCCCAUGGGCCUGCCACCAGGAAUGAUCGGGGCACUGCCCCCGGGUGCGAUGCAUCCAGCAUUUGCCACUCCAAUGGGAUUUCCUGGUGCUCCUGUAUUAACACCGAUGAUGCAUCCACGCUUCAGAUGAUCACCUACAGUGGACGGGCCCAAUUCAUCGGUGCACUUCGUGCUUUGGGCCCGCCCCUAGCCAUGGCUAAUUAAAUAAAUCAUCACAGUCAUGGCCAAGGACCAAGAGGAUCAUAAACUGCUUGUUGAUCUACAAACGCCUUUUGAAGAGCCGUCGUAACCAUUUGAUGAUCCUCUACUACGAAGUUAACAUGAAGUUAGCAAAAGUCUUUGUUUUUUUUUUAAUACUAUUGUUAGAAUAAAAAAACAUAAAGAAACAGUGCCUAGAAUGGUUUCUUGGUGUAUCAAAUUUGCAUCAAGAUUUAAAUUCAAGGCCUGUUUAAUUAAUCCACAGGAAAUCCCAGUGGAGAGACGCGAUUGCGCAUACGGGUGGCGCUUCACGCUGCCGCUAAAAUGAAAUAACAUUCUCACGCUAAAUUAGAAUUGAAAAAAAAAUUUAACCUUUAUAAGGAACAAUUAUUUAAACAGUUGUAAGUCAUUUUUUAUUUUGUUUUUUUACAUGAAGGACAGGCGGGAUGAUUGUUGCGCGGAUUUAGUGGAGAGAAAAAUGAAACGAGUCUUUUUGAUGCUUCAUCGAGAUGAUGCUUGUGAUUGCGUGUUUCUUAGCUGCAGCGUGGAGGUUUCGGUCGCCUCAGGUUAGUCUGUCGAAAAAUUUUUAUUUUGUCAAGAGACAACUUCCUGUUCAUUGAUUAUUGACAACAAUUUUUGAAAUAUAUUUUUUUUCCAAUAUUUUGUAGUAUUUUACAUACUCAUAUUUUAUUUGAAUUGUUUUCAAUUUAAUGAAUAUGGAAUAAUGCCUCUUUCCUUUCAAGCAACGUGUCUACGACGCAUGAGUGAGUGGUAAGUACGGAAAAGUGCUCACAAAAAGUACGGAAACCGAUUCUACACUCAACUCGCGCCAUUCGAAAAUUCUUUAUUACGAUUUUCUUCAUUUAUUACUAAGAAAUUAAUAAUUGAUAUGAUUUUUAAUAUUAAAAAAAAAUUCAUUUUAUUUAUUCAAUCGUUAAAUUUUUCCAUUUAAUUCGACCGAAAAUUUUGUAAGCAAUAUUUUAAACAAUAAUUUCAAUAUCACUAUAGUUAGAUAAAAAUGUUAAAAAUCUUUCGAACAUUGCCUGUAGAUAUCACUAAAUGGAUUCAAUCAUCAAUUUCUAAUUCAUAAUUUCAACAUUUCUUCUAAACUUAUCUUUUCUCUAUAAUUCAAUAAAACGUCAUAAUUAUUAACAAAAAAUUAUCUCUCUUUUUCUCUGCUAUUUCUUCUUAACGUUUUACUCAAUAUUCUCUCCUCAUUCUAAUUAAUACUUCCGCUUUAUCUCUAAAUCUUGAACAAAAAUUGUGAAAUAUUUUCACAUUAUUAUUUUUCUCUUUUUGUAAUGAAUUUUUAGAAAAUACAAUGCACACACAACUUCAAAAAAAACAUCAAAACCGUGCUGUGAACACGUGUACGUACCAAAUUUACGCAUUGUUAUUAAUUAUAAUAUUCUUUGAAUAAACAGAUUGUCUUUCUGAAUAUCAUUAAAGCAUUAAGAUUUUAAAUUAAAAUUCAUUUAAUUACUAAAUCAUUUAUAAACUUUCGAAAUUAUAUAUCAAUGAAUUUAUGUAAAAUAUUAUUGAAAAUCGUAUUUAGUGUAAAUUAAAAUAUGUAUUUAAUACAUUCAGCAAGACAAUCUUAAAAUAAAAAUAUUAAUUAUGUAGAAAGUUCAAUUCAGUGAGUGUCAUAUUGUCGAUUGUUUCAAAUAAAGAACGUUUAAUGAAAAGAUUGAAAGGGUUUGGGCAUAGCUUGACGUUUUAGGAAAAAUUUCAAUAAAUAUCAAUUAUAAGAAAUAACAUUAAAUUCAAGGAAUUGUUGAAAUGUAUAGAUAAAUGAAUUAAUUUGAAUCAUUGAAACCAGUAAAACAAAUGAAUAGAUGUACUCAUUUGAUAUGUAUGAAUAUUAGCUAAUUAUAAAAUAUGCUCAAUUUGUAAAAAUAUUGUUAUUAAAUUAUUUCCUAAAACGCACGGGCGACAGCCACUUAUUGUUUCAACCAAUCACAGCUUCCAUUGCUGUUGGACCAUAUUGGUCCCUUGCCUCAAGGCAGGCGAUUGUUUGGACCUAUCGUUAUCACGAUGUCGAGCCAGUUGUUUAUUCUGAAUAUUAAUUAACAAUUUAAUGUCGAGAAAUUGUCAAGAAAAUUAAGAUUUUUUUGAUGUUACUUGAACGAACUCAUUAAUUUAAUUAAUUAAAUUGGAAUUGAAAUAUGCUCGACAAUGUGUACGAGUGGCUGGACCAAAGAAAUAAUAAUUACUUGGUUAUAAACUAUGACAAUCCGUUAUUAACUGAUCAAUCUUACAAUUGUAUUAAUAAUUUAAAUAAAAAUCAUCUCGAUUUAUUUUUCAAUAAUUUUAUUGCAUUCGUAACCUAUCAAGUCCUCAUAACUUUUAUUGAACAUUUUUUCACUAUUUUAUUUAAUGUUUUAUAUUUUCUUUGAAUUUCAGAUAUUAUUAUUUUCGUUAUUUAUUCGUAUUUUAUAGUAUUAUACCACAGACAUAAAAUUACUGGUGAUUUUUAGUUCAAUUAAUAUACAAUUGUUUGGCGAAUGCUUAGCUAUGUGUGUAAUACAAAUAUUGAAUUCUUGAUAAUUAUUUUACGCAUAAUAAAUUCUAAUUAAACGCCUGAAUAGUUGAUUGGUGGUGAUUUCAAGAAAUCAAGAGAAUACGUAUUGUGGACACUUUAUGUGCUUUUAUAGAAAAAAAAGUUGGAAGAAAAAGCUUUGAUAAGUUAAAAAAUCAACUAAUUCCUUUUCUUUUUUUCUUUCAUUUCUUUCACUCUAUUUAUUUGUUAAAUUUUUUUUUUUUUUGGUUUGUAGUAUAAAUUUUUUCUAUUUACGGGUGUAAUGUUCUAUUUAACUGGAUUAUUCUGGAUUUUCUGUUGUAUGUAUUUGAAAACUGAAAGAAAAAAAGGCUGUCAUACAAUAUUAUAGCUGAAGUAUUUAAAGAAUUGUUAUUUUCAGCAUGAGGAUAUAUGCGAGCGUAAAAAACUGAUACAAAAGAAAAUUAUACGUCAUAUGUAUCUUACCGCUCGUUAAAAUAAACAAAUUUUAUUAAAACAA